AUGCCCGCAACCAUGAAGGGCUUGACCCAGUUCAUUGUGGAUUUACGAAAUUCCAAGGAUGCCGAGGAAGAACACAAGAGAAUCAAUCUAGAGAUCAACAAUGUACGGUCGAAGUUUACCCUGUCCCUCAAUUCCUACCAAAAGAAAAAAUACCUUUGCAAGCUCAUGUACAUAUACCUCCUUGGCUAUACAGAUGAAGUCCAGUUUGGCUUGAAAAAAGCGUUUGACUUGAUAGCUUCAUCUGACUAUGGAGAGAAACAAGUUGGCUACUUGCUGGUAUCGAUACUAUACAGCAGGUCCAACACCUCACUUAAGGCUCACCUUGAAGAUUUGUUAGAGCUAAUUGGACCCCAUCUACUAAGCGACUUGAAGUCUAACUCCGAUGAUGUGAACUGUUUGGCCAUACAAUUCAUUGCAUCGAAUUUCAACGUGUGCCCUCAGGAUUCAACAGUUCACAACUCAGCAAUGGAUGAGCUAGAGGACCCAUCCUCUCAAUGGCAAGAACUUGUACGGUUGCUAUACCAGCACUGUGUGUCGCCAACAACUAAGGCUUUUACGAGAAGGAAAGCCGUCAUUACAUUUUACGUUCUACUGAAGCUAUUCCCUCUGAUGAUUUUGCUGAAUGAUAGAUGGAUUCCACGUCUUCUUGCCUUGGUCGACGACAAAGAGACUAGCGUGGUGCUCUCAGUGAUACCGUUGGUCAAGCUACUCGUGGAUCUCAAGCCGAAGUAUGCAAAGUCGCUACUUCCGUCUAUCGCAAAUCGCCUUCAUUCUAUUUUAGUCGAAGAAAAUUGUCCCGAGGACUACUACUACUACGACGUACCAGCACCCUGGCUUGUGGUGAAACUCUUUCAAUUAGUUGAACAUUUUUUCAUUCUUGGUGAAAACUCAGAUAACCCUGUCAUCAUUGUCGGGAGUAUUGACAACCAGACUUUAUCGAAACUUAGACAAGCAGUUUCCAGACUGAUCAAGAAUGCAUCGAGACCAGUCAAGGGCCCGCCUAGCAGAAACUCCCAAUCAUCUAUUCUUUUUCAAGCAGUAUCAUUGGCCGUUUUUCUUGAUGCAUCGGUAGAAGCGAUCGAGGGUGCGAUAUGCGCUUUGGUGCAGCUAUUGACAUCUCCUGAAACUAACAACAGAUAUCUCGUGCUUGAUGCAUUGAUGAAACUUUCUGUCAGGGCAAGCACAACAGGUCCAUUUGAAGAUCAUCUUGAAAAGAUAUUUCGCUCGCUAUAUGACAAAGAUAUCUCAGUGAGGAAAAAGAGUGCUGAUCUUCUUUUCACCGUGUGUGACGAGAAAACUUACACACAAAUUAUUUCAAGGCUUUUAGAAUACCUUCCACUAGCGGAAUCGUCCUUUAAGGCAGAUAUUUCUGUUAAGAUUGCUGUUUUAGCGGAGAAGUUUGCUACUGACUCGAUUUGGUACAUAUCGACGAUGCUUCGACUCCUCUCAAUCGGGGGCAGGUCAGUACGUACAACAUCAAGUAACGGAGUAAAUUCGUCAGGAGAGGUUUGGGAAAGAAUCGUUCAGAUAAUUGUCAACAACGAGGAUCUUCAAAAAAAAGCAUGCAAAUUGAUAAUUAAUUUGUUACGCAAAGAGGAAGGGCUUCCUGCUGAUAGUUUAAUACGUGUUGCGGCGCUGGUUCUUGGAGACUAUGGGAGCUUGGCUGCUGAAGAGGACCAGGCAAACCAGUUUAGCAUCUUUUCACAGUUCAGGUUACUUUAUGAAGCCUACUUCAAAGCGCAGGUCUCAACAAGACCGCUAUUGCUAACCACCUUCAUAAAAAUCUUGGUAAGAUUUCCCGAUGAAAACUAUGUUCCGGACAUCCUCGACCUUUUUGAGGCAGAAUGCCUUUCUCUUGAUCUCGAAAUUCAAACCAGAGCUCAUGAAUAUUUAAAAUUAGGAAGUCUUACUGUCAACGGUACUCAAGAAGAGAAGAGAUUUUCCCAGUCAGUCAUCAAGUCUUUGCCACCGUUUGAUGUCAAGCUGAAUAGUCUUAUGAAUCAUUUGCGAAGCCUACAAGUAAUCAGGAACGGUAGGUCCAGAUCUACGGUUAAUGUGCUGAAGGUCCCAAGGCCUAAGGGUCAAAAUCAAAACCUAGGAAAUCCUUCGGACUUUGAUUCUGAUCUUAGCGAUGCCGAGGAGAAUCCUGAUGAAAGUGGUGGCGAUCCAUUUGGGGAUAGGCCAACUUCAUCGGUCACAAAACUCUCACCCAAUUGGUAUAGUGGGUAUCACAGAAUGUUGCAUUACGACGCGGGUAUUUUCUACGAGGACCAACUCAUCAAGAUCACCUAUAGGUUGACAAAGCGAGCUGCUAAGAUUCUUUAUCAGUUCACUAUCAUUAACAACGCAGCAAAAACUGCUAACACAGAUAUCACCGCACUUACUGUCUUAGAUCUAAUGAACCCUGGGAGGCAAGAAAAUCCAAGCUACUUUGUCAAAUUGAAUAAAGUUCCGGAUUCCACUGUGGGUGUGAAGACCGCAAUGGAGAUCGAGGCCACGAUAAGGCACGUGGUCGAAGACAGUGAGAGCCCAGUCAUCUCCCUAAGCUAUAGAUGUGGUGGUUCUUUCACUACUCUACAUCUUAGGAUCCCGGUUGUAUUGCUUAAGACACUCUCGACAACAGAGCUAAGCCUUGAAGAGUUCAAGAAAAGAUGGUUCCAGAUAGGGGAGGCUUUGGAAAGCCAAGCUGGAGAAAAGAGGGGAGUUGUGAGGACAAAUCACAAGUAUAUUCUGUCGAACGUUCUGCGUACCCUCCAAAGGUUAGGGUUUGCCGUUGUACAUUGCACGCCAGACAACACUUCAGCGGACAUCCUCGUAAUGGCUGCUGGUAUUUUACACACAACCAGCUCAAACUACGGAGUUCUUUUGUCGAUGAGAAGCCUUGAAGCGGAUGGCCGCCUGUUUGACUUGACUAUCAGGUGUACCGGUGGCGGCGUGCCCAAAGUAAUUCACCUGAGUUUGGAAGAAGUGUUCGAUAACAGAUCAUAA